AUGCCGUCUAAACAAGAUAAAGGCAAAGGAAAGGCCCCAGCACCAGCACCAUACGUUCCAUCACCGAUAAUUCUGGAAGCUCUGGAGGCUAACCUCCUUUAUGUUCAUACUUGGAUCGGAAGUCUCAACAAUCGCCUUAUUGCUAAAGUAACCGAAGAUCCCCAGAUGUUUGAAGAAUUUAGAAAGAAUGCGUCCUUUUUGAACGACCUACACCGUCAAAUUGUGCGCUUCCGCGACGAAAUUUGGAUCUCCCCAGCUCUGCAGAUCAUGGCUACUCUCUCCCUUCUAGCUGACGAUUGGAAGGUGCCAGGAGAAGAGUGGAUGUAUGGUGAUACUGAGUUCACCCAUCUACUUGAGGUUCUCGGUUGGUUCGAUUUCGAUUCCGAGCCUCCUGAAUUUUAUCUUUCGGAGGCUCCAAGAUCGGUUCUCCCGUCUACGCUUCCUCGUUCCACUCCUCCCGCUUCUCCUGUGGUAGCUUCAGGCUCCCAGGACUUUGUCAUGGGUUCACCCCUGGCAGGGGAUCAUUUACCGGCUAUCAGUUCACCCGUAGCUGGUCCGUCUACGCUUCCGGUCGCUGGUUCCUCAAAACCAGUUCAGAAACGAAAGGCUCCAAAUUCGCCUACGGCCGGCUCCUCACGGACAAAAAGGCCUAAGGUGGCCCAAUCUUCCAUUAAAAAGGUGGCCUUCGUUGAGACUUCCGAUGAUGCGGGGUCUCCUCCUCCGAUUCGGUACAAGACUCGAUCUCGGUCGAAGAAGACGCCUAUGGCCACAGCUUCCGAAUCCGAAACAAUGGUCGCAGAUCCUCCCUCCAAGCCAUUGUCUUCGAAAGAUUCCAACGCCAAAAGGAAGAAGAGGACAGCUCCCAUCCUUCCUUCGGCCUCCGUAGAGGAACUGUGGGCUUCUUCUGCCCCAUCGCAUGUCUUUCCUGAAUCUUGGAUCGGGGAAGCACGCAACAUGGAUCUUCAGUUGAAUCUAGGUGAGGCUAAACUCAGCCUGGAAUCAAUUUUGAAAGCAGGUCGCUCGGUGACUUUCUUCGAUCGUUUCACUCCUUGUGGUCGGUGUAUCUACUUUGGCUACGCAGACUGCAAGCCACUCUGGGCUGCUAGUGGGAAAUCCAGCCAUAGGCCUACUUGCGCGCGCUGCUUCGCUGGGAAACAGAAGUGUUCUUACUUCAAUCCCGACGACUCGCAGUCUGGCCUUAAGAAACUUGAGGCUGCUUCCAGUAACAACCUCCUUCUGGCCAAAAUCGCCCUACGGCUCCAUCGUGAGCUGCAGGCUUAUGACGAUCUCCGAAUUGCGCAAAUGGCAGCCUACAAGUCCGCUCGCUCUGUCUGGAAGAACAUUCAAGAAAGCCAACGCUUGCUACGGGCAGCAGGGCGGGACCCUGUUGAAGUUUUCAAAGGUCUCCAGACCGACGAAGACUUCAAAAUGACCUCUUCCGAGGUCAAAGCCCUUGGCGACGCUCUUGGGUGGUCUCUUUCUGGUACCGCUGUGGAGGAAGUCGAGGAGAACGCUCCUCCUUCCAUUCCAUUGCCGUCCAGCUCUACUAUCAAUCUGCCAGCUUCCGUAGCUACUUCUGGAGUUUCGGAGAAGGUUAGUGCAGAUGAAGAGGAAGAAGAGGAGGGUGACUCUGAUGGUGGUUCAUCGGACUCCGCUUCUGCGGAGGCUUCUUCCGCCAUAGCCAAGUCCACUACGGUUCAGGACGCUGAGGACACUGAAGAUCCUUCAGUACAAGAACCCGAAGUAGCAAUUACAGCUCACAACUUGAUCGACGAUGAGGCCGAGGAAGCGAGUUCCGAAGAUUCAAGCGAUGGGGAAGAGACUGACGAGGAAGAAACAGCGGAUUGGAAACUUUCCCCUUCUGACCUCGAAGGUCUUUCUCCCGUAGCGCGGGCCGUCAUGGAAAAGCUUGCACGGGAACGACUAGCCUAUGAAAAGGCAUUCGGUCAUCCAAUGUAUCGCAAACGUCGAGCGUAG